GGGAGCCCCAGUCUAGGGUUUCAGGGGGAGCCAGGAGACAAGGUAUGCACCAACAAAACAACAGAACUAGAAUGAUUUGAUUUCCCAAUUAUUAGAUGUUAAUGAUUCGAUUGUAUUGAUUAGUAAUCUAUUAAUCAUAUCAGUUUAAUAGGUCUUUAGCAUCCUAUUUGCUCACCCCACCCAACCAGAACUCUCCACCCCCCCACCACCCUGUCCAACCAUACCUAAUGUACCGCUUCUUAUCACUCAUUAGAUUUCAGAUAUAUUGAGAAGUAAUUUAUUUAUUACAUCAGUUUAUUACAUUUUAGGUUCCUAUUUGGUCACUCCUCUCAACCAUAAAUACACUUUAGAAAGUAAAUCAUUUGUCUAGCUAGCUUUAGAAUGUUGAAAGAGUCUAAUAUGACAUAAGAUGCAUCCCAAAUGGCAGCCUAUUCCUUAUAUAGUGAACUACUUUUGAACAGUGCCCAUUUUUAUCUACAGUAUAUGUCUUUCCCAAUGGGAGGGAGACUGGCAACUUUAUCCUCACUGUAGAUCAAAUUAGAUCAAACUGAAGACAGCCGGCUUAGGUUAUUCUAGCUGUGUCCUGUGUGUGUGUGUGUGUGUGCGUGUGCGUGUGCAUGCGCGUGCAAUGUGUGCGUGCGUGUUGAGGAUGGUUGAAAUGCAUGAUUAAGGAUGUCUUUUUGACUUCUGUGUGCAUGCCAUGUAAUCUUUCUUGGUGAUGGUUUGACACAUCCUAUUCCCCUCUAUUCAACCCCCUCCCAUCCCCGCCCACCCCCCUGGCCCUUAUAUACAUCCAACAAUACAUUACCCUUUAGCCCCAACCCUCCCUCCAUCCCUCUCUCCAUCUCUCCUAACCUCCUCCCUCAUCCCCCUCUUCUCUCUGGUUUUUCCACUGACACAUCUACCUCAACAUAUCACCAGUAUCAGUGGUGGCGAGUGGGUGGAGGUAUGGGAGGAUGGGCACAUUGUAAUGGCUGGAAUGGAAAGAGUGGAAUGGUAUUAUUACAUGGUUUCCAUGUGUUUGAUACCAUUCCAUUCACUCCAUUUCAGUCAUUAUUAGGAGCCAUCCUCCCCUCACCAGCCUCCUCUGGUUUGUUCCAUCUCUAUUAUUAAAAUAUGAUCUUGUCUUCAAUGAUUUUACAGUUUACCCCUGGUGUGUUUAUAAAUGCAUGACAGUACUGCCACUGGUACGACUAGAGCCCUAUGUAGGCGGCCAUUUGGUUUCUCAUUCUGAAUCUGAACUCUAACAAAUCUGAUCGAAAAAGAUCACAAUCUAAGAUGUAAUUGGAGGAAUGGACAGUUGUCCUGUGGCAUUACUAAAAUAACAUGUUUCCUUACUGUUGGAUGGCAGCUCAGAGAUUAUUCGAGAUCUUUCCAUCACCCCUAUAAAAGUCAAUCAUUUAUGGACUCUUUACAGAAGUUACAUACUGUAUGUCGCUUUGGAUAAAAGCAUCUGCUAAAUGGCAUCUUUAUUAUGUCUGUACUAAGACUACUUUUAGUUGGUAGAAACAGACAAUAACAUAUAGCAUACUGUAUCUAUAAGAUUCCCAACUAAUAAUAUUCAUUCUGUAUUGUAUUUUAUUCCGCCUAUAAAAUGCAUGUUAUUGUAUUAUAUUUCCACCAAUAAGAUCUCUGAGCUGUCAUGUGGGUGGGCGUGUCGUGGUCUGUGAUUGGUGCUGGAAUCACUUGCUCCUGCUUCCUGUGCGGCGUUAUUUUCCUUUGGCCUUAUUUGGGCAUGGUGGUGCUGGAACAUCAUGGGAGUUUUGCCUCAGUAUUCAGUAUCCAUUCCAUUUGACCACCAGUGAGAAUGAAUGACCCACUAACAUUCACCAUCGGUCCAUCAAUGGAUAAAUCCGCCAUCUUGCCAUCUUCUCCUCCCUGCAUGUAUCUUGUUGUUCAACCCCCCAACAACAACAAACAAACAAACAAACAACAACAACAAUAACAAACUACUAAUUGGAAGUCGUGUUGAAAGAGGAACAGUUAGAUUCACUGAUAAGCCUUUGGAAUAGAUGAUCAGCAAAAAUGUUAGUAAAGUCAGUUAUUUAUCCCUUUAUUCCAUUUUUUCUAUAUUAUAUAUUUUCUGUUUUGGCCUGAGGAAAUUGCUCUCUAAAUUGUUUUCUUCUCAGUGAUGUAUUGGAAGAAAGAUAAAGUAGCCCAGAGCUCUCUCUCCCUUUCUCUCUUUAUCAAUCCCCCUCUUUCUCUCCCAUUCUCUCUACCAUUCUCUCUUGAUCAAUCUCCCUCACACUCUUUCUGUUACUCCUUCACUCCUAUCCCCCCUUCUUCGCUAAUGGGUUGUUCCACGAAAUGGGUGCCUUUUGCAUUCCUUUGAUAUUUUAAGUAGAAAUUGUGAACCAAUAUUGAAUUGUAAAAGCCUGUUAUAUUAAAUGAAGUGCCUUUUAAUAUAGACCACACGGAGAAUUCAAUAAAUCAGAUUUUUUAUAUGAAUAAAGGCUUGCUAAAAAAAAAUGUGACGCUUGCAUUCAAUUGCCACUCCCUUUUGUACACAACAAUUUCUACAAUUCCCCGUGUCACAAAGGGAUUUAGAGAUGAUUUAAGAUGAAAUCGCCAACCCUGUUACUUUAUUUGGCACUUAAAUUAAAUUAGAUUAAAGAGUUUAAUAGUCACGUGUAAUUACAGGGUACAGUGAGAUUAUUGAGCUCCAACAAUGCAUGACAAAGGUAACUGACUAGGGGUGGCUAUUCAGCAGCCUGAUGGUCUGUGGGUAGAAGCUAUUGGCCAGUCUUCCAGUUUUUGCCAUGAUGCUCCUAUACGGCCCGCGUCUUAGUGAUGGAAACGGGCAGAACAGGCCAUGGCUCAGGUGGCUGGGAUCCCUGAUGAUCUUCUUGGCCUUCCUGUGACACCUGGUGUUGUAGCUGUCCUGGAGGGCAGGCAUUGUGCACCCAAUGGUGUGUUCAGCUGAGCGUACCAUCCUCUGUAGCGCCUUGUGGUCCGCAGUGGUGGAGUUUCCAUACCAGGCUGUGAUGCAGCCCGACAGUAUGCUCUCGAUGAUGCUCCUGUAGAACACUGUGAGGGCCCUCUGGGGAGGUUGAAGAGUCGUUGUCGUGCCUCCUUCACCACUGUGUAUGUGCGGUGUAGGCACAUACUGUAGUAAUUUAUGACUGAAUAUUUAAAUUUGGUGAAAUAUGUAUAGUACCAGUCAAAAGUUUGGACACACCUACUCAUUCCAGGGUUUUUCUUUAUUUUUACUAUUUUCUACAUUGUAGAAUAAUAGUGAAGACAUCAAAACUAUGAAAUAACAGAUAUAGAAUCAUGUAGUAACCAAAAAAGUGUUAAACAAAUCAAAAUAUAUUUUAUAUUUGAGAUUCUUCAAAGUAGCCACCCUUUGCCUUGAUGACAGCUUUGCACACCCUUGGCAUUCUCUCAACCAGCUUCAUGAGGUAGUGUCACGUUCGUUGUGUAAAGGAUCAGACCACGGUGCAGCGUGGUAUGCGUACAUGUUUAAUAAAGAAGUAAACACUCGACAAAAGCAACGUAACGUGACGUUCUAAUGGCUACAUAAACAAGCCAAAACAGAAACAAGAUCCCACAACUAAGGUAGGCAACAUGGCUGCCUAAGUAUGAUCCCCAAUCAGAGACAACGAUCGACAGCUGCCUCUGAUUGGGAACCACACCCGGCCAACAUAGAUAUACACAUUCUAGAAUUACACAUAGAUAGUCACACCCUGACCAAACCAACUAGAGAUCUCUAUGUCAGGGCGUGACAGGUAGUCACCUGGAAUGCAUUUCAAUUAACAGGUGUGCCUUGUUAAAAGUUAAUUUGUGGAUUUAAUUUCCUUCUUAAUGCGUUUGAGCCAACCAGUUGUGUUGUGACAAGGUAGGGUUGGUAUACAGAAGAUAGAUUUGGUAAAAUACCAAGUCCAUAUUAUGGUAAGAACAGCUCAAAUAAGCAAAGAGAAACAACAGCCUAUCAUUACUUUAAGACAUGAAGGUCAGUCAAUACGGAACAUUUCAAGAACUUUUAAAGUUUCUUCAAGUGCAGUCGCAAAAACCAUCAAGCGCUAUGAUGAAAAUGGCUCUCAUGAGGACCCCCACAGGAAAGGAAGACCCAGAGUUACCUCUGCUGCAGAGGAUACAUUCAUUAGAGUUAACUGCACCUCAGAUUGCAGCCCAAAUAAAUGCUUCACAGAGUUCAAGUAACAGACACAUCUCAACAUCAACUGUUCAGAGGAGAAUCAGGCCUUCAUGGUCGAAUUGCUGCAAAGAAACCACUACUAAAGGAUACCAAUAAUAAGAAGAGACUUGCUUGGGCCAAGAAACAUGAGCAAUGGACAUUAGACCACUGGUCCAAAUUUGAGAGUCCAAAUUUGAGAUUUUUGGUUUCAAACGCAGUGUCUUUGUGAGACGCAGAGUAGGUGAACGGAUGAUCUCCGCAUGUGUGGUUCCCACCGUGAAGCAUGGAGGAGGAGGUGUGAUGGUGUGGGGGUCCUUUGCUGGUGACACUGUCUGUGAUUUAUUUAGAAUUCAAGGCACACUUAACCAGCAUGGCUACCACAGCAUUCUGCAGCGAUACGCCAUCCCAGCAAGUGCUCAGCAUAUGUGGGAACUCCUUCAAGACUGUUGGAAAAGCAUUCCUCAUGAAGCUGGUUGAGAGAAUGCCAAGUUUGUGCAAAACUGUCAUCAAGGCAAAGGGUGGCUAUUUGAAGAAUCUAAAAUAUCAAAUAUAUUUUGAUUUGUUUAACUCUUUUUUGGUUACUACAUGAUUCCAUAUGUGUUAUUUCAUAGUUUUGAUGUCUUCACUAUUAUUCUACAAUGUAGAAAAUAGUAAAAGUAAAGAAAAACCCUGGAAGGAGUAGGUGUGUCCAAACUUUUGACUGGUACUGUAUAUCUUUUUUUAUACCAAGUUACACUUCUCAAAAGGCACUGAAUUGGUGGAACGACUCUUAUGCAAUCCCACCAUCUCAUCCCCUACUUCUCACUCUCACUUUGAGUCUCUCUAUCUUUCUCUUUUCCUCACCAUCUUUUCAUCUUCAUUUCAUUUGAUCACCUUUCCUAUCUCUCUCUUUUUCUUUAAUGUGUUCUCCCGCUCUCUCUUUCCCCUAUUUUCCUAUUUCUACCACCUCCCUCUCCUUCUUCAACCCUCUCCUUUUGCCCCUCUUUCUCCCUGGUCCUCUCUCUUUCCGUCUCUCUCUCUCGCCACCUCUCACUCUCCUCUAUUCCCCCCCCCCCCCAUUUGCUCUCAACCUUCCAACUUCCUCCCGCCCCCUUCAACCUCCAACCUCCUCAUCCUCCCGUAUGAUUGGCUAAUAAUGACUGACUGACAUGUGUUGUCCUCUGGAUCACCAGGGCGACGCAGGUCAGCCAGGACCCCGAGGCGUGCCCGGCGACGAGCCGCUAGUAGGCGCAACUGUUACCACUAUCUACAAAGGAGCUAAGGUAACACAGACAGGAGCAGUGGUCCCCGCCCGCUGGAGGGGUGAGAGAGAGGGAGGAGAGACGGGGGGGUAG